GAUUCCUUGGCAAUGUACCACGCGUUUGACGCGCUGCCGGUCCUCAUCAUCAUCAAUCACCCUCGGUUGCUUGACAGCCACGCACUGAUCAAUUGGGUGGUUGUUCCUGUUGUCGUUUCUGCCCAUUUUGGCUAUGAAUGGUGUAGAGUGUUCGACAGGAGGGGGGUGGCCGCCGGCGACCAGGACGACGGCGGCCUGCCGCUCUUUGAGCGAGUGCGGUAUAUUCCGCGAUGCCAUUAUCCAUAGAAACCUCGGGGUAACCCUCCCUCGGUGCAGCUUUGGAAAUCAUUAACGAUGUCGAUCGGCGGAAGCAUCAGAUCUCGAGAGUGUUCGUGACCUCGCUCGUCUACUCGUUGGGAUUUUACAUUUAGACAGUGGAUGUAUUUGCAUCGGGAGCGAACAUCGGAAAUGCGGUCGCUUGGAGACGUUGAGUAGCGCGGCGAUGAAUGUAUUGAGCUA